AUGUCAUCUCCUUCAUCACGGUUGGCACAAGUCCAAAGGCAAUUCAGUGCAAGUACCUCGGCGAAAAAAGAGAUUCAAGAUGCAUACAUUUUGAGUGCAUCACGAACACCUACAGCAAAAUUUAAUGGAUCUUUUCUUACUGUUACUGCCCCUCAGCUUGGCGCUGUAGCUAUCAAAUCUGCACUCGAGAAAUCUAAGGUUCCUGUCGAGAAAAUUACAGAUGUAUACAUGGGAAACGUAUUACAGGGCGCAGUGGGACAAGCACCAGCUCGGCAAGCCUCUAUGUUCGCAGGCCUACCUUCAACAGUCGAAGCGGUCACUAUAAAUAAAGUAUGCGCCUCUGGAAUGAAAGCUGUUGUGUUAGCGGCACAAAAUAUUCAACUCGGCCUCGCAGAAGCUCAAAUUGCCGGUGGAAUGGAAAACAUGUCUCGAGUACCAUACUAUUAUCCUCGAGCUAGCAGCCUUCCUCCAUUUGGGAAUGUACAGGCCGAAGAUGGACUAAUCAAAGAUGGAUUAUGGGAUGUCUAUAACCAGUUUCAUAUGGGUGUGUGCGCGGAGAGUACGGCAAAAAAAUACGAAAUUACACGAGAACAACAAGACGAAUACGCUGUGCAAUCAUACAAACGGGCACAAGAAGCAUGGAAAACGGGUGCUUUCAAAGAUGAGAUUGCUCCGGUAACUGUGAAAGGUCGAAAGGGGGAGACCAUCAUUGAUACAGAUGAGGGUUACAUGGAUAUUAAAUUCGACAAAGUAUCCUCAUUGAAACCAGCAUUUGUCAGAGAUGGAACUGGCACAGUCACAGCUGCCAAUUCUUCGACGUUUAACGAUGGGGCUAGCGCUCUGGUGUUGGGAAAUAAAGCCAUUGCACAGCAAUAUGGAACAGGAUCAAGAGUCUUGGCACGGAUUUGUGGCUCUGCAGAUGCUGCAAUCGACCCUGUAGAUUUCCCAGUAGCUCCCGCCAAGGCAGUACCGAUCGCUUUAGAACGAGCAGGAAUCAGAAAGGAAGAUGUAGCAAUUUGGGAAUUUAAUGAAGCAUUCGCGGCUGUUAUUAAGGCAAAUGAAAAGAUCCUUGGGCUCGAAAAUGCAAAAGUUAACCUUCUUGGCGGAGCCAUCUCACUUGGCCAUGCUCUUGGAAGUUCGGGUUCACGAAUUCUCACAACAUUGUUGCAUCAGUUAAAGGUCGGAGAAUACGGUGUUGCAGCGAUUUGCAAUGGUGGUGGUGCUGCGACGGCGAUCGUCGUACAAAGGAUUGAUAGUGUAUAA